GUUUCCCUUCACUCCCUGGUGGAAAGCCUCUUGGGACAAUACACACCAAUCUACAUUGUUGUUAAAGAUGUUUGUCACAUGUUAUUUAUCACAGUAUGAGGAAAAAAUGGAGACGUACUGAAAACAAGUUUAGGAGAACAUUGAAAUACAUCAUUACCUAUACAAUGGUAUAUAUAAUGGGAUAUUUUGUUGCCAUUUAAAAUUACUUACAAGAAUUUUAUAAUCUGGAAAAAUACUUCUGAUGUUAAACAAAUGAAAGCAGGUAUUAAAUCAUUUCUACAGAAUGACCUCAAUCGAUGGGUAGAAAAAAGACUGAAAGGAAAUUGGACCAGUUAUUAACAGUGAUUGCCUCUGGUUGAGUAGGAUUUUUUCUGUUUUCAUUUUCUCAGUUGUCUACAAUAAGCAUAUAUUGUUUUAAUGGUCAAGAAAAAAGGAAGGAAACAAAACUGGAAUGAGAGGGGAUAUAAACUGGAAAUCCCCUGUGAGCUGUGUACAGAAGUGGAUGCCAUUAAUAAAUGGACAGCCCCAUGGACUCCCAGGCUAUAGUGCCCUGACAUCGGUCGUGACAUCGUGCAAGAACUUCAAAGUGCGCAUCAGAUCUGCCGCUGCCCUUUCCGUCCCGGGGAAGAGAGAGCAGUAUGGGUCUGUUGAACAGUAUGCUCGGAUCUGGAAUGCAUUGGUCACCGCCUUACAGAAGAGCGAAGACACCACAGACUUUUUGGAAUUCCAGUACUGUGCCAGCCUGCGGACCCAAAUCUGCCAGGCACUGAUUCACCUCUUGAGCUUGGCCAGUGUCUCGGACCUCCCUUGUAUCAAAGAAAUCCUUGAACUGAAUGGGAAUAUGGUCCAGUCCUAUAUCCUACAGUUUUUAAAAUCUGGAGCAGAGGGAGAUGACACUGGAGCACCUCACAGCCCACAGGAAACUGACCAGAUGGUCAGAAUGGCCCUUAAGCACAUGGGCAGCAUCCAGGCACCAGCUGGAGACACAGCCAGAAGGGCCAUCAUGGGCUUUUUAGAAGAGAUCCUGGCCAUUUGUUUUGACUCAUCUGGAUCACAAGGGGCACUCCCAGGGUUAACCAAUCAGUGAGGAUCCCACCAUACUUUCUAGGUAUCGAAGGUAGCAGUAGGAAGACCUGAGCUUGAGCAUAAGAUCUGUGGGAUUUCAUCCUAGGAGCAGAAACAAUCCAUUCACUAUUUAUUUAGAAUGACUUAGCAGCAAUUUAAAUUUUCACAGAGGGCUCAACCAUCUUUGGAGUGGCUCCAUGGCACUGGCCAUGGUCAGGGUUGUUGGAACGUCUGACCUGUGCAUCCAGGAGCCGAGGAGUCAGGUUAUAUUAUAGGCUAAGCAGACAGGGGCUUUGAGGGCAUUUAGUCUCAGAAAAAAAAAAAGUAGGAGGAUUUAGGAAUUAGAAUUUUAUAUAUUGUAUCUGUAGUUUUGUAAUAAACUAAAGAAGAAUUAUGUGUCC